AUCAUACAGUACUGACCAAACCACCGUACCAUACUGAAUAUAUGUAUACUCGCGACCGUAUCAUCAUUCUGGGAAAAUCUUCCCAGUUUCGAAUUGAGAAGUCGCGAGGGCUCGCUGUUGAAUCACAACCGAUUCCUCUACGAGUGCCUGGUCGAGAACGGCCUGUACAAAGAGGGGAUUUUUGA